GGGUUUUGUAGGUUGGCAAAAAGCCUAAUGAAAGAGUCAUAUCUUACAAACCAUGCUUCGUAAUCAACGGAAGAAGCUAAGUUAAUUAGUUUACCUUUUCCAAAAUAUCUAUUAUAAAUUAUUUUACAAAACGCAUAAUAUACAUAGAUAUUCCAAAUUCCCUCUGCCGGCCUCAAUUCUACAUCAUCUUACCUCAUUUAUAUACUGCAAAAUCUUGUCUUACUCUCUCAUCUACAAAUGUCCCAUUUCCCUUAUUCCCUUUUGCGUUACAUUUUUUAUUCAAUCACAACACCUAACCCCCUAAUAAAUUCAAGAAUAUAUACAUAAAAAACAUUGCUAAACUAAGAAGUGACACUUUUUUUAUGCAUGGGGUCCUCACAAAGUUCAAAAACAUACGUGAAAUCUCCGCCGAUGGAGAUGGAGAAGCUAAGGCUGGUUAAUGGUAGCAUGAAGGAGGGCCCGGUGAGGCCGACGAGGAACCCGAGCUCCCGGGGGAGAGGCGGGGCCCACCCGGGGCACGAGGCGAGGAGGAGUGCUAGCAAUAGCGGCAGCGGUGAUGGAGAUAGGGGUGGCGAAGUUUCUAGAAGGAGUGGUGAUGGCUUGAUGAAUAAGGGUGGUGGUGAAGAUGAUGAGUUGGUGGGUGGAUGGCCUAAGUGGCUUGUUGAUAAUAUUCCGAGCCAUGUUUUGAAGAAUAUAGUUCCAAAGAGUGCCGAUUCUUAUACAAAGAUCGACAAGGUAGGGCAAGGAACGUACAGCAACGUAUACAAAGCUCGGGACAAAGACUCCGGGAAGCUGGUGGCCCUGAAGAAGGUCCGGUUUGACACGUCGGAGCCGGAGAGCGUGAAGUUCAUGGCGAGGGAGAUCAUGAUCCUGCAGAAGCUGGACCACCCCAACAUCUUGAAGCUGGAAGGGCUAGCCACCUCAAGAAUGCAGUACAGCCUCUACCUGGUGUUCGACUACAUGUAUUCGGACCUCUCAAGGAUGCUGUCUCGCCCCGACGAGAGGCUGACGGAGCCGCAGAUAAAGUGCUACAUGCAGCAGCUGUUCUCGGGGCUGCAACACUGCCACGAGAGGGGGGUACUGCAUAGGGAUAUAAAGGGCUCAAACUUGCUGAUAGACCGAAAUGGGAUGUUGAAGAUAGGUGAUUUUGGGCUGUCGAAUCUGUUCAAUCCAGAGAGGAAGAGGCCUCUCACUAGCCGAGUUGUGACCCUUUGGUAUAGGGCGCCGGAGCUGCUGCUUGGCUCCACCGAUUAUGGAGUUGGGAUUGAUCUUUGGAGCGCCGGAUGCCUCAUGGCUGAGAUGUAUGCCGGAAGGCCCAUCAUGCCGGCUAGAACUGAGGUUGAGCAGCUACACCGGAUUUUCAAGCUGUGUGGGUCGCCUAGAGAGGACUACUACCGGAGGUUCAAGCUGUCGACAGCGCUCAAACCUACUCAGAUUUAUAGGCCCAAUCUUCGUGAGGCCUUCAAGAGCUUCCCCUCCGCUGCAGUCGACCUUCUUGCCACGCUUCUCUCGCUCGACCCUACGCGCCGCGGAACUGCUGCUUCUGCUCUUCAAGAUAAGUUCUUUGAAACCAACCCUUUAGCUUGUGAUGUCUCUGGUUUGCCUGCAGUCCAUGUGGAGGAAGAUGAGUACUCUGCAGCAACUGAGAGGAGAAAGCAUAGGAGUUCUAAAAUGAGGAGGCGUAGCCAGUCGCACAGAGAGCAUAGGAAGAAGAGCUCAGCAGCUGAGAAGCCAAGUGCAGCUAAUGAAGGAUCUAAAGAGACGAGCACAGAUUCAUCGAUUUUCGGGUUGGAUCCGGGGAGUAGCUCGACCGGCACUUCCUCUAAGAGCGUUAGGCCACCAGAGAAGGAGGAGGAAGAGGAGCUGCCUCGGCUCUUUCCUUCUCCGGUGGCACCGGAAGACCCUCCUAGGGUUGCAGCUAAGAGCCGUGUGACUGACUAUUAUAUAGUAGGUGAUGAUGGUCUAAAGAGAUUGGAUUCUGUUCAAAGGUCUGCUUCAUCUAGGGCAUUUCAGAGUUUGGAAAACAAGCACAUACAUAAGCUGCAUUCUCUUGAUGUUUGAGAGCUAUAUAUUGGUGGUGAAGAUGAUUCUUGAUUUUGAUGACUUGUUUUUUGUUAUUAUACAUUUUCCAUUUUUGAUGAUAAUCAUUUCUUUCAUGAGCAUGAAAA